AUGAUGACAAAAUUAAAUAAAAAUUAUUUUCUUCUUUCUUGCUUAUUCUACAUUCUUUCUUUCUUUCUUUCUUUCUUUCUUUCUUUCUUUCUUUGUUACGUUUUCUUUUUCUUUCAGUAUUCAUCACUUUUCCUUAUUCUUUUUUCUUAUUCUUUCUUUCUUUCUUUCUUUCUUUCUUUUGUCUGUCUUUUUUUUGUUCUUACCUUUUCCUUCUUUCUUUCAGUAUUCAUCACUUUUCCUUGUUCUUUUUUUCUUAUUCUCUACUUCCUUCCUUCCUUCCUUCCUUCCUUCCUUCCUUCCUUCCUUCCUUCCUUUCCUUCCUUCUUUCUUUUAUCCAACUGUCUACACUAUAUUCCUUCUUUCUUUCUUUUUUCUUUCUUAUUUUCUUUCUUUCUUUCUUUCUUUUCUGCUAUAACCUUUUCCUUCUUUCUUUCACUUCUUUUUCUUUCUUUCUUUCUUUCUUUCUUUCUUUAUUUAUUUAUUUAUUUAUUUAUUUAUUUUACCCAACUGUCUACACUAUAUUUCUUUCUUUCUUUCUUUCUUUCUUUCUUUCUUUCUUUCUUUCUUUCUUUCUUUUGCCCAACUGUCUAUACUCUUAUUCUUUCUUUCUUUCUUUCUUUCUUUCUUUCUUUCUUUCUUUCUUUCUUUCUUUCUCCUUUUCCCUCUAUAGCGGUGCCAAAUGUCUUUCUCUAUUUCACCUUUUCUGUUACAGUCUCUUAUCUCGGCGUAUCAUUAAUCCGUAGCUUUAAGGUGCAAAUAUUUAUUUCUCGCGACAUUUUCAUCAAGACCCUUUUAUUAGAUGCCUCUCUCUCUCUCUCUCUCUCUCUCUCUCUCUCUCUCUCUUGUACUAAACGCCUGGGAUUACGUGAUAACAAUCGCCACCAAUCUUCCCGUCUUUUUAUUUUCUCAGAUGCCUGUGCUACUUUUACUUUUCCAUAUUUAUUUAUUUUUUUACUCGUUUGUACUUCUAUAUUUCCUCUUCUGCGGAUCCAUAUUUUCUAUUUUCAUUUUACUGUUCUAUUCUAUAUGUAUCUUCAUUUUUUCUCUCUGAUGGUGUUCCAUAUAUUUUUCUUUUACAACUGUGCUAUUUCAAUUUUACUUUCCCCCUUCAUCUUUCAUAUUAUCUCUUUUUGUUUUUCUCUUUCGUAUUCGCAUUUUUUUCCUUUUCCUUUCACUGUUUAUACUUCCAUAUUUCCUCUUUUAUUUAUAAUCGCGAAUCUAUCUUCUUAUAUUAAAUUAUCCUCUCUAUCAUACAUUGUUAUCUAUCUAUCUAUCUAUCUAUCUAUCUAUCUAUCUAUCUAUCUGAUCUGUUCAUAUCAUCUAUCUGUUCAUUCAUCUAUCUAUCUAGCUAUCUAUCUGAGUCUAUUCAUAUUAUCUAUCUAUCUAUCUGAGUCUAUCUAUCUAUCUAAUCUGUUCAUAUCUAUCUAUCUAUCGAUCGAUCUGAGUUCAUAUCUAUCUAUCUAUCUAUCUAUCUAUCUAUCUAUCUAUCUAUCUGAGUCUGUUCAUAUCUAUCUAUCUAUCUAUCUAUCUAUCUAUCUAUCUAUCUAUCUAUCUAUCUAUCUGAGUCUUUACUUGCUAUCUAUCUAUCUAUCGAUCGAUCUGAGUUUGUUCAUAUCUAUCUAUCUAUCUAUCUAUCUAUCUGAGUCUGUUCAUAUCUAUCUAUCUAUCACUAUUUCAUUUGAUUCUUGA